CUUGACAACCACCAAAGCCAAGGAAAAUGAGGCAAAGAUGUUGAAACCUCAAUUCUCCAAGGCUGCGACAUCGACCAUCAACACCGAUAUUCGACACGCGUUCAAGCAACACUGCAGCCAGUACACGAUCAAGUACCGUCUCAACAUUUGCACUCUUCAAGAUGGCAGCCACUAUGCACCCAUCCGCGUUCUCAAUCAGCACAUCAUCGUUCCGCGCGUCGCAGUCACAGAAUGGUACAAUGUCAUACUCCGACAACCCAUUGACUCAAUUGCCUACGGUGGACUUCAAAUUUGAUGAUCUGCGAAAGCGCAUGGCAGAUUUCACUCUCAAGUUUGACACCUUCAUUGAACAAGAAAGGAAGCGCGUUCUUCAGGAGCGCAACGAGUUUCGAGCGCGUGUAGGGGAGUUUCAUGAGGAACAACGGUCCAAGACAACACAGAUCGCGACAUUGCAGUCUUCGUUAUCGAACCACAAUAAUGUGCUGGCGAGAGAACAGGCGGAAAAUAAUGAGAUGCACGCACAGAUAUCGAAACUGGAGUCACAUCAAGCCGGCCAAGCGAGCGCCUGUGACAGGUUAAAGAGCGCAAUCGCCCAAACACAACGACAGAUCGAGGUCAAAUUACAAGCACAGCGCGAGUAUGCGGAGAAGAUGAAUGGGCAAAGUCGAUUGAAUGGCCCAGAACUGAAUUUCUGGGAGAUGUAUCUGGGGUGCCGGAUCGAGGGAAGUGGUGAUGAAAACAAAGUCAGGAUAUUGUUCUCCUUCCCCGCAGUCAAGGGCUGCAAAAGCGAUGAAGAGAGGGAAGCAGUGUUUGAGUUACAAGUGCCAGAUACAGGGAGUGGGAGGUAUGGUGUGGUAUAUAUGAAACCGAAGCUGGAUGCGGCAAAGGUUGAGAAGGUCGUGGAUCGAUUGAAUUCGACAAGGGAGAUUGGGACGUUGCUGAAAGGUAUGAGGGGGUUAUUCCUGGAAGCGAUGAAAUGAUGAGCAACAAUACGAAUUCCGUGCGAUGAAUAGAUCUGGACAACGCAUAACGUCUUAUCCCAAUAGAUAAGUGUUGUUGUAGCCUUGUCUAAAGAGUUAAGCGAAUGGCCGCGUUCGAGGCCGACAUGUGCCUUUCUCCGCAUAUACUCCUUGUCUCUCGCAGACGCCAAGCGGGGAAUUUACAGUAGUGACACC